GUCUCUUGCUUCUUCUUCUUCUCGAUUUCUUAUUGUUUUUCAAUAUCAGAUUCUGAUAACUAUUUUUAUUUUUCCACAAAAAUGGGAUCUUCAUUGAAUCCAAGCUGAGUUUGGUUUCUUCAACUGAAUCGCUCCCUCUCUCUAAGAGAAGAUCUGAAGUUGUGUGUAUAGCUUGAGGAGGAGCUUAGAGAUGGAGACAAAUUCUUCUGGAGAAGAUCUUAUUAUUAAGACGAGGAAGCCAUAUAAGAUAACAAAACAACGUGAAAGGUGGACUGAGGAAGAACAUAAUAGAUUCAUUGAAGCUUUGAGGCUUUAUGGUAGAGCAUGGCAGAAGAUUGAAGAACAUGUAGCAACAAAAACUGCUGUUCAGAUAAGAAGUCACGCUCAGAAGUUUUUUUCCAAGGUAGAGAAAGAGGCUGAAGCUAAAGGUGUAGCUAUUGGUCAAGCGCUAGACAUAGCUAUUCCUCCUCCACGGCCUAAACGAAAACCAAGCAAUCCCUACCCUCGAAAGACGGGAAGUGUAACUACCACGAUGUCAAAACCAGGUGUGAAUCAUGGAAAAGAUCCCCUCGGAUCAGAAAAAGUGUUGCAUCCUGAGAUGGCCAGUGAAGAUCGACAACAAUCAAAAGCUAAUGAGAAUCUGCAGGAAGACAACUGUUCAGAUACUCAUCAGUCCCUCUCUGCUGCAUCCUCCAUGAAUAAAAGUUCUAUAGAGACAUCAAACACAAGCAUUUUUCGGGAGUUCUUGCCUUCACGGGAAGAGGGGAAUCAGAGUAAAGGGAUAAGAAAGGACUCGAAUUCGGAGAACCACUGUGAUUUGAAUGCAAAAUCUUUGGAAAACGACGUGGUAAAUAAUGAGCAAGAACCUCAGACUUAUCCAAGGUGUAUCCCUGUGCUAGUGCCGAUGGGGAGCUCAAUAACAAGUUCUCUAUCACAUCCUUCUUCAGAGCCAGAUGAGAAUAAGGCCCCCAUACAUAGUCUUCCCCGCACAGUUGCAGGCGACUAUGAGUCCUUUCCUAACCAUAUUAUGUCAACCCUUUUACAUACACCGGCUCUCUAUACAGCUGCUACUUUCGCCUCAUCGUUUUGGCCUUCUGAUUCUGGUGGUAGCCUACCUGGUCAAGGGAACUCACCUCCGAAUCUGGCUGCCAUGGCUGCAGCCACUGUUGCAGCUGCUAGUGCUUGGUGGGCUGCCAAUGGAUUGCUACCUGUAUGUGCUCCUUUUAGUUCUGGUGGUUUCACUAGUCACCCUCCAACUACGUUUGGACCAUGCGGUGAUGCAGAGUACACAAAAACAAGUGCUUUACAACAUGUUUCUGCGCAGAGCCGAGAGAGGAUAGAUCAAGAACACUCUGAGGCAUCAAAGGCUAGAUCGUCACUGGAAACAGGGGAGAUUGAAAAUAAGAGUAAACCAGAAUGUCAUGAGCAGCCUUCUGCAACAGCUGAGACUGAGGGUUCAGAUGGGGCAGCAGGCAGAAAACAAGUUGACAGGUCUUCGUGUGGUUCAAACACUUCCUCGAGUAGUGAUGAUAUCGAAGCAAAUGCAUCAGAGAGGCAAGAAAAUGACACCAAUGAAGAGGUGAAAGAAAUGAAUGAAGACACUAAUAAUCCUCAAACUUCAGAGUCCAAUGCACGCCGUAGUAGAAUCAGCUCCAAUAUAACCGAUCCAUGGAAGUCUGUGUCAGACGAGGGUCGAAUUGCUUUUCAAGCUCUCUUCUCCAGAGAGGUGUUACCUCAAAGUUUUACUUACCGAGAAGAACACAGAGAGGAGGAACAACAACAACAAAGAUAUCCAAUGGCACUUGAUCUUAACCUCACAUCUCCGUUAACUCCAGGUGAUGAUCAAGAGGAGAAGAGAAACACAGGAUUUCUUAGUAUCGGAUUGGGUACUUCAAAGCUGAUAAGUAGAGGAAAAACAGGUUUCAAACCUUAUAAAAGAUGUUCCAUGGAAGCCAGAGAAAGUAGAAUCCUCAACCCCAAUCCUAUUAUUCAUGUGGAACAGAGAGACCCCAAACGGAUUCGGUUGGAAACUCGAGCUUCGACAUGAAACUCUCUAUUUAUCUGUUUUGUAUGUAUUAAAACUUUUCAAGAUCACUGCUACAUUUUCUUUGUCGUUUUGAGGCCUUUUGUAUUUCUUUCCUUGUCCAUAGUCUUCAUGUAACAUUUGACUGUAUUAUCAACAAAUCAUAAACUGUCUAAUUUUUUUGUCUAA